UUCCCUAAAAGAUUCCCUAAGAAAUGCAAGUGUAUCGUCAUAAAACUUUAAUCUGUUAUCUCUUGAAGGAUUGAAGUCAACACUGGCAUGGGAAAUAAAAUAAUCAGAUAGUCGCUUUUUCUUAAAAGUAGAGAUGUAUGUAGCCGACUUAUGCGAAAUAUAACUCGAAGUGUGCUAUUUUUAUUAAUUUAUUUUUUAUUCUUUAAAAUGAUUUUAUGAAUUUAUUGGAUAAAACCAUACUUAUUGUCUCGGAAAAACAGAACUGGCUUCGUCAUGAAAAAUAAGGCUUUCAACACUUGGAAGAGUUGGCUAAUUGCUGUGGUAUGCUGCAUUGUUUACUGCUUGCUAGUACUUGUGUAUAGACUGUCAUCACUGUUUUAUGCUGAACUAAUUGAAAUAUACAACGUAGAUAGAAAAACAGCUUCUAUACCCUUUGUAGUUAUGGGAUUUGUCAGAUGCUUUUCAGGCUUCAUCUUUGGAGUUCUGGGUGAAAGAUUUGGAUUACAACGAAUGGUUUACCUGGGUUGCUAUCUAUCCGUGUUAGGAGUCGGAGCUAGUUAUUUUGCCCAUAACAUAAUAACUUUAUCUGUAACUCUAGGAUUGAUUUAUGGUUUUGGAUUUACUGCAACAGCAUUAUUACCCAAUAUCAUUAGAGAACAUUUUGACGCAACUGCUACAACUCUAUCAAAUGGAUUAAUUGGUAUUGGACCAUGCCUCACCGCAAUAGUAUUUCCCGGUCUUGUAAUUUAUUUUAUAGAAGAUUAUGGUGUGCCUGGCUCAUUUUUACUUUCAUCUGGUGUGAUAUUAAACGCAAUUCCUUUUAUCAUGAUACUUAAACCGAGAAAUAAGUUAACAAAAUUUCGUAAAACAACCAUGGACAUUGAAAAAAGUGAAUCACAUAAUAGCCAAGACAAAACUGUGAGUGGUUUUGAAGACUUGGAUACAUCAUUCAAUAAUGAAGAAACCAUCACAAAUUUAAACGCAAGCAAACAAAAUGAAGAUAAAAGGCAAUUGAAUCUAUGUGAGAAAAAAAUUGACCUUAUUACUGUAACUACAACUUUCAAUAGAAAAAAAAUUCCAAAAUGUUCCUUGCAUAAUAAAGAAGGCUGUCAUUGCAUUAAUAUAUCGUCUAAAGAAACUAAAAAUAUGCCUCAAAAUAUUUACCACCAGAAGGUCUUUGAAGAGUUUUCUAAUCCAUCAGCAAGUAAUGUAGAUAAGCAACCAAAAAACGUAACAACAAAUAUCACAAAUUCUAAACAUACUAAUUCCCAAGAACUAAAAAUCGCUUGCCAACAAGAUGAUUCAAUGGAUAAAAGAAAUAAAGAAGAGAAAAAGGGUUUUUUCUAUACUUUUAAUGUGUUUAAAGAUUUAACAUUUAUAGCUCUAAUACUCGUUCAGGGUUUAUUAGCCUAUACUUUUAAUAUAUGGUUGACUACCAUGAUUGACUAUUCCAGAGAUAAAGGAAUUGAUAGGAGUUAUGAAAUAUAUAUUUUGGCACUAAACCCUAUAACGGAUAUUGCAGGCCGUUUAGGUUUAGCUUGGGUGACAGAUAAAGGUUUCCUUACUGUCCCUAAUUAUUGUGCACUCUUGUACAUUUUGUUGGGUCUUUCAAGCAUUUGCAUCGCCCUAGCAAGAGAUUUUGCAAUAAUGACUUUAGGACUUCUGGUCAUGACUUUCGCAAUAGGAGCGUUCAUGGGAAUUUAUCCAGCCAUGAGUUAUGAAUUUAUUGAAAAGGAUAAACAGGCAGUCUCUAUUGCUUCAAUUGGUCUAGCGUAUGCCCCUCUUGGUUUUACCGUUUCUCCUCUAAUUGGAUAUUUCAGAGGACACCUCGGGUCAUAUGAUGGACUCUAUUAUUUACUUGCAGCUAUGAACUUUGCCUGUAGCUUAAUUGUUUUAAUGCUGCCUAAGCUGGCCAACAGAAGAGAAAGGAUGAAAGCUGCAGCAGUUGAAAUAGUUAAUUGACAUAAUUAAUAAGAUUUGGGCAAUAUUAGCUCAUUUUUAAACUUAAGUAGUUUUUUCAGUUUUUUAAUUGUUACUAGUCGACAGUGAUGGGCUUUAUUCGUGGAAAUUUUAGUCCUGACUAAUUAAUCCUAAAAUUUAGCCAUUAUUCAUUAAUCAUUAUGCGAAUUUAUAUAAAUUUUAAAUAAUGAUUGAUGACAAAAUUUAUUAGUCUUGACUAUUUCUUAUGAAUAAUUUUUUAAGUAACGAAGCAAAUAUUAUGUUAUUUUCAAUAAAUGUCAUUUCAUUUCGCUAA